AUGGAAGGCGCCCGCACAGAUCAGAACACGCCGUGCCAAUUCUCUGCCUCUUCAACCACAUUCCUUGCUGCUCCGGCCGCCGACACCAUCGCGCCUGCUCCCGCGCCCAAAAUCCGUCACACCACCCGUCCCUCCUCCCAGACCCAGCACCAUGUGCAGCUCUGCAAGGCCGCCCACAGCACAACAUCACUACCACAACCCCACCGCUCCACCCCGGCCACGCAGACCAUGGUGAUCCGCGCCAAACUCGCGCGGCAGCCGCCUUGUAUGUCUUCAGCUCUAUCAGCUUCUCUCAACCCGAUGGACGUCGAACUCAGGUUCCGCACGGAAGGCAACGCGAACGUCAUCUUUAGGAUCGCGGCGCUGCAUCCCCCCCGCGACGCCUGUCUCGACGAGCUCCAGCUCAACGCGCGCGACGCCGACGUCCACGGCGUGCUCGAGCCCGAUUGGCGCCACAGCGACCGCCCCUUCGAGCAGCGCAGGUUCAACCGCGAGAUGCGCAAGAAGCGCCGCGAGCUGCUCGGCGCCUACGCCGACACCGGCCUGCAGCGCGCCCACGACUUCAUCCGCGCCGUCAACCAGCACAACCUGACCGGCCAGGGCGACACCCUGCUGCGCCUGAAGAAGGAGAUGCCCUUCUACCAGGACGACGAGACCACCUACAACUUCUACAUCAACACCGUCGCCGACUGGAUCCCCCCGCGCCAUCUCGUCGAGCAGGACCUCAUUGACAUUGGCAACGACAUCAUCGACCAGUGCAACACCGAACUGCGUCACCAGGAGAGAAAAGGCAAGCGCGACGCGAACCGCCACGGCACUUCGUUGCACGCAACCAACAAGGCUCUGGUGCUGCGCGACAUGGAGAGCGACGACCCGCAGAUGAGCGUGACGCUUGAAUUCAAGCCCAAGUGGCUUUGGCAGUCGCCCCACGCCCCGGAAGGCGCCACUCGCUGUCGCACCUGCGCUCUGCGCGCCAAGCGCAACAGUGAGGGCAAGAAGGAGUCCAAGACCCACGGCGUCCAAUGUCCGCUGUCGCUCGCUACCGGAGAACCCACGCUUGUCAAGGAUGCCAUUGAGAUGCUCAUCAACAACCACGAAAACUACGUUGGCUGCAGGCCCGGCUGGCUGCAGCCUCAGAGGACCCGCCGCAGCUCGACCUUUCCCCUCCAAAGACCCGCGCCGAAAUCACGCGAGGAUCUCAUUGCCAUUCUGCACGAUCAUUUCCAGAAAAAGCCCGAUGGCACAAAGGGAGAAGGCUACCGCGUCCUCGAAGGCCUGCGCAAUUUGCAAAGAAUGUUGGACCCACGUGGCAUCCUAAGCUAUGAGGGGGACCCACCCGACGACUUCCUCCUAGCAAUGACGCUACGCGACUGCUCACUCUACGUCCAGGUCCACUGGGACAGUCGGCGGGUCGAAUCCCGGUUAGGCGACCUCGAUCCCAAAGUUGCCAGGGGUGGAAAACUCGAGCAAUGGCGGGAGACGGAACGGGGGUUGCUGAACGGAGGCUGGUACUUUGCGAGACCAGGGGAUGAGACAUGUCUUCUCAGCAGGAGAGACCGACCGUCUCCCACUCGCCGCCCUUCACGCGCCCCAACCUGA